AUGGAGACCAGUACCGACACCACCCUGGGCCAAGUGCUGAAAGAAUGUGCAAAAGCCAUAGCCAGGUCCAAGAAGACUCCAUCCUCAUCAGGAUCGAACAAUGCUGAUGUUGAUCAACCUUGCUCUUCAACUCAUUCACCGGCCGUUGAACCCGUAGCUGCUGGAUCGGCUUACGAAACGUUCAACUUCAAUAUAAAGGAAGAGGUGGAGGAAAUUGAUCCGUAUGUCACGGCUAAGGUUCCUACUAGUAGGUUUUAGACUUUUUUUUAUUUUUUGGGGGAUGUUAUUGAUUUUUUUAAUUUUUUGAAAAAAAAAUUUCAGCCCAACCCCCAAUUCCGACCAUUUCCAACGAAACUGUAGCACCUCCAGACCAGUAUGCUGAUGUAAGGCCGUCGAACUGGACUGGACUAUACGCUGCCAUUCAAAACGAACCCAUUGAUCCAAUACAGUUGGGGAAAGACAUCUACGAAGAAACCAAGGGGGAUGUCAACAAGUAUAAGGUAAGGUAAUAUGAAUAGGGCAUUAGGGCUUGAAAUUGAUCUAAUGGUCCAAGUAUUGUUCUAGGGGGGGGGGGGUUCUUUUCUUGAGGCAUGGUAAGAAUCAUGAUAGCUAAAAUCGUGGAAACAAUAUUACAACAUUCCCUAUAUAACAACCUUAUAACAUUUCUUUCAGUGCAUCAUGAACGGCCUCAGUGGCCACCCAUUCCGCGUCGAUCUAGCCCGUCUAUACCAACGUCGACAAGAACUUGUAUCCAAACUCGGCGAAGACGACCCAAUUGUUCAACUGUACGACUUCAACAUGGGCACAAUGGUCAAGCUGGACAUGGACCGACGAAUGUUCAACAACGUCGCUCAUGUCACGAAUGCUGCCAUUUUCAAGGAGACGGUCAGAAGUCGACGCAUUCCAGUCAGGUAUAGGUUCAGUCCGCGACGGAUGAGAGAAAUGAUAUUCUUCACGCCAAUCGAUGUCGAAGAGUAUCAGAAUACGAACUCGAUGGAGGUUAUCAACUGGGCGUGUGAGGCGUUCAUUUCCGAGAAAACGAGUUCAGAAGAGAUUAUAAAGCAUAUAACUCAGAAGACGUUGUUUAGUGUAAGUUUUAGAGAAACUAAGAAAAAAUAGAUUGUAAAUUACAAAAUCUUCAACCUAAAGCAAUCCAAAACCUAAAAAACACAUUUUACCACGCUUCAAAACAUAACUUCCUCCAUUUUCAGUGCGUAAAAGCCCAAUUCCUAACCAUGAUGACCAUCAACCCAGCACCAAGAAGCGGCCGUCGGGUCCUGAAGCCCGAAUUCUACCUAUUUAUGAAGCGAAUCCUCUUCCAAUCCUUUGGCUUACCCUUCCAAAAGUACCUCUCCAUCAGUGUACCAGACCUGAUCGUCGGCCUACCACCAAACGAAGACCCAUUGGAGCGUGCGGCCGCCGUUCUCAUCGUCCGCUUCGCCAGUGAAACGUUAGGCGCAUUCUGCGACGAUCUGGAAAUAAAGAAGAGGAAGAUGCCUACCGUGCUGGAUGAGGAUUCAGAUGGUUCGUCUUAUACUCCUGAACAAGAAGUUCAACGCAAACACAACAAAAAAGCCUCGAUUUUGAGGAAAAAACGACGAAGCCUGAGUUCGUCGGACUAA